AUGGGUGAGGGCCAUGUCAUUGGUAAAAAAGCCACACACUGUCUAGACCAUGUAGAAGCGGCCUACAAGUUAUGGCUUCGAUGGUACUAUACGCCUCAACGGCUGGCCAAAAUAUACCCAGGCUCCCGGGCAACGUGCUGGCGCUGCAAUCAACAAGAAGGCACCCUAAGCCAUAUAUUCUGGUACUGCCCUGCACUCAGCCAAUAUUGGCAACAAAUCCAAGACCUGAUAAAACUCAGAGUAGGGAUAGAUCUACCACCUGCCCCUGAACAUUACCUGCUCCAUAUGAUGCCACCAGAAAUAACAGCCCAUGAGGCCUCACUGAUCACCCACAUCACGCUUGCUGCAAAGCAACGGAUAGCUGCCCUAUGGAAAUCCACCUUGGCACCAGACAUACAGUCGGUGAUUGCCAAAGUGAAUUUCACCCAACAGUAUGAGGAAAUGUCGCACACGAUUAGCGGUACCCUAUUGAAACAUAAUAGCACUUGGUCCAAAUGGUAGAUGGUUGUGACAACGUGGUGACGAACACCUCCCUCUAAUACAUUUGUUUAGGGGAGCAUCCCGUAAACCCCCCCCUUUUUUUCCUAGUUCACGCUCUCUCCCACCUACUUCCACCCUCCCUCCCCCCCCCUUUUCUCAAGAAACCAAGGGUUAUAACCACGUUGGCAAGCCUUUCAACUCUGAGGAGACCAGUAGAGUAG